AUGCCGCACCCCUCGGCCGCAGAGGUAGAGGCCGGAGGGCAGACGGAAAGGAAGGAGCAACCGAAGGGGGACGGCGCGCAAGAGAGAGCUGCGUCCAAAGGAGGAGGUCCUUCCCCGUUGCCUCCUGCUGGGAGGUCGGACGCCUCCAGCGCUCAGCCGCCGGAAGCAGAGUUGCCGCCGUACUCGUCUACGCAUGCGCCAGCGCCUGGGCCAGCGCUCUCCGCCGUGACGGAACAACCGCGCCAGCCGCCCCCGCCGUACGAAGCCUCCGGCCUCGAAUGUUCUCAGAAAUUUCUCAGGCCGAAGUCUGUGUGUGGACAAGAUGCCAGGCCCUCAUCACCACCACCAUCACCACGGGCCCCCGCCCCCACCGCACCACCAUCACCCACCGCCGCACCACUGUCACCCGCCGCCGCCGCCACCGAUCAUGAUCUGCCCGCGGCCGCCAGUGCACUGCCCACCUCCACAUCACGGGCCCCCGCACCAUCACGGGCCCCCGCACCAUCACGGCCCCCCGCAUCAUCACGGCCCCCCGCAUCAUCACGGGCCCCCGCACCAUCACCAUCAUCACUAAUGCAAGAAGGUCUGAUAUGAUGGCUUAAUUACUACUUAAGGAUGACAUCGGAUUUCUCACUUGCUUAAAAUCAUCCAUCUCAAGAUGGGACACGGAAAACUUACUUCAACUGUAUUACAUAUCUUUACCAAAGAAUUUUCUUAUUUGAAGUAAUAACAAUGUUUUAGUAUAUUUUGUAUUCAAUUACGGCAUAUAUGAUAAUGCCACAUUUUGUACAGACAGUUGUUAUAAUACAUUAAAAAACAUGUAAACAUAUUUAUAU